AAAACAGGGAAACAUGAAGAAUGACUAUACUCUGGAGAAGGACAUUAGGCCUGCUGGAAAAGGCUCUUCUACAGAAGAUGGUUUCCGACGGAGAAAUGAAUCUUCAGCCUCCAGUCCAGAACAUCCUGAUGUUGACAACAGACAAAGAGCCCACCCCACCUUGUUUGGAAAAUACAACCAAAGCAUGCAGACCUUCAAGCCCUUCCGCUGGUCCUCUUCCCAGUCCCACCCUAUAGACAAUGCAGGCUUCUUCUCCUUCACGACCUUCGUCUGGAUGACCCCCAUGAUGUGGGCCUUGUUCAGGAAUAAGCUGGAUAUGAGCUCUCUCAAGCUGUCUCCCUUGGAUGUAGCCCACAGCAGCGGAGAAAGGCUCCAGAGACUCUGGGAGGAAGAAGUGGCCAAGAUGGGCCUGGAGAAGGCCUCUUUGAUCCGAGUUGUCCUCCGCUUUCAAAGAACCAGGCUGAUUAUGUCUGUCACUGUCGGCAUCCUUGCCAUGAUAGCAGCGUUUAUUGGCCCGGCUGUCUUGAUCUAUGCGAUCCUGAACUACACAGAGGCCCCAGAGAAACACCCAGUACUCUAUGGGAUUGGUCUUUGCUUCGCUCUGUUCACCUCAGAGUUCUUCAAAAGCUUCUUCAUAUCCACGCUGUGGGCCCUGAAUUUGCGCACUGCAGUCAGACUGAAGGGGGCCUUCUCUACGUUAGCCUUUCAGAAAGUCAUCUCUCUGCGGGGGCACAGCGGCAUUUCAACGGGAGAGAUGAUAAGUGUGUUGACCAACGAUGGCCACAAACUAUUUGAUGCAGUGUUGUUCGGGAGCUUCGUGCUUGCCUCCCCGGUGCUCUUCAUCAUUUGUGUUGUGUAUGCCUGCUACAUUCUGGGCUACACCGCACUGACUGGAGUCGGCACCUACCUCAUCUUCAUCCCAAUACAGGUUGGCUUAGCCAGGCUCAUUAACAGAUUCCGGUGGAAAAGCAUACAGAUAACAGACUGCCGUGUUCGCACCAUGAAUGAGAUUCUCAACAGCAUCAAACUUAUCAAGAUGUACGCCUGGGAGGAUUCUUUUGAGGAGAAGAUCGUGGAAUUCAGGAAAAAUGAGAAGAAACAACUGCAGAAGGCCAGUUACGUCCAGAAUACCAACGUCAGCAUCACCACCAUCAUCCCCACCCUCGCCACCGUUCUCACCUUCAUUGUUCACACAUCACUGAAAUUAGAGCUCAACACGCCUGAUGCCUUUACCACCAUCGCUGUUUUCAACGCCCUGAGGUUCUGCCUGGGUCUGCUGCCUCUGUCCAUGAAGGCCGUGGCUGAGGCUGCUGUUUCAAUAAAACGACUCCAGAAAAUAUUGCUGAUCCAGAAUCCAGAGCCCUACCUGAACCAGCAAAAAGACAGUGACUCGGCCAUAGUGAUUAAAAAUGCUACACUUUCCUGGACCAGACCAGCCAGCCAGCCGAACCCCACUCCCAGCUCAGCCAAUGGGGUGACCGGAAACAAAGUAGAGGAAGUGUCCAAGAAUGGGGCGAGUGAAACCUUGCCGACCCUGAGAAACAUCUCCCUCACUCUGCCUAAGGGCAAGCUGCUUGGUGUGUGUGGUAACGUUGGGAGUGGAAAGACGUCACUGAUUUCCAGCAUUUUGGAACAGAUGCACCUUCUGCAGGGCUCCUUCACAGCGGAUGGGACAUUUGCCUACGUUUCCCAGCAGGCCUGGAUAUUCCAUGGAACUGUCCAAGAGAACAUCCUGAUGGGGGAACCAUUGGACCAGUCCAAAUACGACAGAGUUUUGGAUGUGUGUAGCCUCAGAGCUGACCUCAAUACCCUCCCAUAUGGUGAUCAAACAGAGAUUGGAGAACGAGGGCUGAAUCUAUCGGGGGGGCAGAAGCAGAGGAUCAGCGUGGCCCGAGCUGUGUACUCUAACAAAGACAUCUACUUUCUCGAUGACCCACUGUCUGCCGUCGACGCCCAUGUAGGGAAACACAUGUUUGAAGAAUGCAUUAAGAAGGAGCUUCAAGGAAAAUCCAUCAUACUGAUUACACACCAGCUCCAGUAUCUCGAGUUCUGUGACAACAUUUUGGUUCUGGAGGAUGGCGAGGUGCUGGAGGUUGGGAACCACCAGGCUCUGAUGAAAGAAAAUGGACGCUACGCUCAGCUCAUCACCAACUACCAGAUGGGAGAGUCUGAGUCUGAGAAUGAGGAGGAGGAAGUGACAAACGAAUAUGAUACCACGCUGAAGGACGUUGAGCUGAGAGCCAGAGCAGACAGCGGCUUGGUGAACCCAG